GUGACGAGUUCUUGGAACUUCAUAAAUCAUGCUGGUUCUUAUUUCUGCAGUACCUCUCCUUCUCCUUCUCUAUCUGUAAAUUGUAUGACCAUCAACCAUUCACUUCCUUCCUGUUCCUGCCAGACGUAGACGACUAUUGUCUGAGAGAGUAUCCUCACAACGGAACACUACGAAUUGUCCACUACGUGCUUACAUUAAGGCUCAGCUUUCAAUGGUCACCAUCGAGAUUGGGGUCACUGAGAUCGAAGAGGCGACCCCUUGAGAGAACAGGGGAAAACGAAGGGAAAGGGGAGAGCUUCGAAGGGGGUCCCUUCCGUUCCGAGUCAUGAUGACCAUUGAAGGCCGAGCUUUAAUUACAGUAAUUCGAUUGUUUCGAUCGGAUAAACCAAAAGAUGAUGUCCACCUCUGCUAUGAUUCGUUUCGCCCUCUUUGGGCUUGCUGGCACAGCGACUGCUUUGAACGUGAAGAAUGUUGCUCUGCGCACCACCAAAAUCGUCACGGAUGGUCAAGGAAAGGAGAGCAGCUAUAUUGCGACUUCUCUUUAUGGCCGCUUACUUCUGUUACUUAUAAUCACCAGUGUUAGCGUGUUCUCUUACAUGAUUUCUUCUUCUUGAUGUUUUAAUUUCCACGACUAACUACAGAAGCACGUGAUGAAUCCCCAACCUCGCUCGUUCUUCUAACGGCUGAAGUUCACAACCACUUUGCGUGUUUGCAAUGCCUACCCUUUUGCUGAGGCGACACAGGUUUUGAGCCUGAACUUACCGUACAAGACGUGUGGCGAAAUCGCCAACACAGCUCUGGGCCAAGGACAGCAAAUCGACUUCUACGCGAACGAAAAGAAAGUGCUGUUGGGUACUUCAUCUGAUUCUAGAGUAGAUCUCGUAGUUACUUCAAGUUGAGUAGAAUGUUAAAAUUAUAGAUGACUGUCUGCGAGUGGUGCCUCUCCUAUUAAGAACGAGAUUCCCCUAACGACGAUGACCCGUUCUAGGUUCCUUCGAGGUCCAGGACACUCCGCGAGAGGACAGCACACUCCUGCUGGUCCUCCAGCCCCUGGACUCUGAGUCGACUGGCGUCUCCUUCCAAUCCCACGCCUAUGCCAACUCCGGUGAUGCUCAGGUUGCGUUGUUGGACGCCUUUAUCCCGCAGAAUGAGUAUGGCAUGAAAACGAGCUACUUCUAAGUACGCCUCUAGUUGUACUGAAGAAGAUCAUUUCUUCGUGUUUUUAGUCUGAGCUGAUCUCUUGUUUCCCCCUCCCGCUUUUCCAGCUUCUAACAACAAAAGGCAGUCGCCCACGUCGACAGCUUGGUGGAUAUCAAGGACGCCUAUGGCGCGCAUCCGCGUGACGAGAAACUCCGCCUUAACAGUGUCGUGGCUGUGAACUCUGGUACUUAUGAUCUAAACAUACUACACUACUAGUAGAGUAGCCCAAAUAUCGAGUUUCGAGUGACUCGACGGUCUACUAGUCUGAAAAUUUUGAUUUUUCCCAUAACUAUUCUUGGUUGCCACACUACCUCUUAAUAUAUAGUAGACGUUCAAUUUCAAAAACUCCACCAAUACCAACCACUCACUGCAGCAACGAGUUGUUUUUUACCAACCAAAAACCAUUUACGCCCGCUUCUCGUCCAUUGAUGACGAGCAACAAACGUCCCUCAAUACUCGCAACCCCAUGAUAAUAUCCACGACAGGCUACUACAGUGUUGGCUUGCUCUCCACCGGGAGCUCGGCGAAGGCGUUGCAUGCCUUGGAUGGCGAGAAGAUUUCGAUCAUCCGCGUCGGCGUAGCGGGAAGCAAGAUUAUGUGAAAGAUGGAUCGAUAAUGUUAAUGAUGAUUGAUUUACUACUAGAAGUAGUCGAUGUGUCCUCAAGUAGAGCAAAAAGCUAUUAGGAAACCUCAAUCUCAUCUCAAAUCCAUAUGGUGGAUCUCUAAGAAAAACUACGGUGAGGACUUGAUUGUCUUCCCGGAUUCCUCCCGCUCGAUCUUCUCGACCAUGGUCAGCUGGGUGCGAUCGAUCGUGUAA